AUGAAAGUGAAGAUAGUCAAAGCUAAAGUAGGAUCACGAAAGAAAAAGAUAGUAAAUUCGUCAGAGAAGAAUUAUGAAUCCAUCACAAUCCCGACUGAAGUACUUGUAGAAAAAUAUGACUCCAAGACGCCUAAUUAUAUCCUGCUUGGUAAUAAUUGGUUCUAUGGACGCAAUAACGAUGGGCUUCAGACGUAUUUACCGGAAAUAGUAACAGAUGCAGAAAACGCUUUUGUAAGAACCACCUUGCGCAUUAAGGACCUCAGCCGGAAACAAUGGGCUCGCCCUACAAAAUACUUCCUGGGAAAUCGAAAGAUUCACUAUCCCACAGAUCAAAUAUCUCUGCAACUUCUAAUUCGGGCACUUCUGAUUCAGAUACUUCAGACAACGAUUCAGGUGAUUCUUCCACAUCUAGGCCUUGACCAUGCUUCGCAUAAUGAAGCUAGUAUCUCUGACACAAAUCUCAUCACGUUAUAA